ACGGCUCCAGCGAAGCGGUAGUAGCAGGGACAGCCACGGCAGGAGCAAUGGCUGGGACAGGGCCAGCCCCCGGACUCCCGGGUGCAGGAGCGCCCGUGGUCCCGGGUCCUGGGGCUGGCAUCCCGGGCAAGAGCGGCGAGGAACGCUUGAAAGAGAUGGAAGCGGAGAUGGCCCUGUUUGAACAAGAAGUUUUGGGGGCUCCAAUAACUGGUAUUCCAACAGCUGUACCCGCGGUACCGACUGUUCCCACGGUAGAAGCAAUGCAGGUCCCCACAGCGCCUGUGAUUCGCCCAAUUAUAGCAACCAACACCUACCAGCAGGUUCAGCAGACUCUCGAGGCUCGGGCAGCCGCAGCAGCCACAGUGGUUCCUCCCAUGGUGGGCGGGCCCCCCUUUGUGGGCCCAGUUGGCUUUGGCCCUGCUGAUCGGAGUCACCUUGAUAGUCCAGAGGCUCGAGAAGCCAUGUUUCUGCGGCGAGCAGCCGUGGCCCCUCAGAGGGCCCCUAUCCUUCGACCGGCCUUCGUCCCCCAUGUGCUGCAGAGAGCAGAUUCUGCUCUCUCUUCUGCAGCAGGCGGCCCUCGUCCUAUGGCCCUUAGGCCACCUCAUCAGGCCCUUGUGGGUCCUCCUCUACCAGGACCCCCUGGUCCACCCAUGAUGCUACCACCAAUGGCUCGGGCCCCAGGACCCCCCCUCACCUCCAUGGCAGCACUGAGGCCACCUCUGGAAGAGCCAGCAGCCCCCCGAGAACUUGGUCUGGGCCUGGGCCUGGGUCUGAAAGAGAAGGAAGAGGCAGUGGUGGCCGCAGCAACCGGGCUGGAGGAGGCUGGUGCCGCAGUGGCUGUAGGGGCAGGGGCCACCCCAGCUGGCCCUGUGGUCAUUGGGCCCAGCCUACCACUGGCUUUGGCUAUGCCAUUGCCUGAGCCUGAGCCCCUGCCCCUACCACUGGAGGUCGUGCGAGGCCUGUUGCCCCCACUACGCAUUCCUGAGCUCCUGUCCCUACGUCCAAGACCCCGGCCCCCUCGACCUGAGCCACCUCCUGGCCUUAUGGCUCUUGAGGUCCCAGAACCUCUGGGUGAGGACAAGAAGAAAGGGAAGCCAGAAAAACUGAAACGUUGUAUUCGCACAGCAGCUGGGAGCAGCUGGGAGGACCCAAGCCUGCUGGAAUGGGAUGCAGAUGACUUCCGGAUUUUCUGUGGUGACCUGGGCAAUGAGGUGAAUGAUGACAUCUUGGCACGUGCCUUCAGCCGCUUCCCAUCCUUCCUUAAGGCUAAGGUCAUUCGUGAUAAGCGGACAGGCAAGACUAAGGGCUAUGGCUUCGUCAGCUUCAAGGACCCCAGCGAUUACGUGCGUGCCAUGCGGGAGAUGAAUGGGAAGUAUGUGGGCUCUCGGCCCAUCAAGCUGCGCAAGAGUAUGUGGAAGGAUCGGAACCUGGACGUAGUGCGGAAGAAGCAGAAGGAAAAGAAGAAGUUGGGCCUCAGAUAGUGUCUGUGGCUGGGCAGCUGCACCCACCUCACAGGGUGCUGACUCUUCCCUACCGUUCUCUUUAGAAAACCCCUCAACUCUACUGACCCACCUUACUCAAAACCAGUUUCAAUAAAUUUACCUUCAUUUCCA